AUGUUGUCGGUUAACAACCAGCGGCGUCCAGUGGUAGACACAAACGUAACUCCGAGUGUGGGGAUAAGACGACCUUCAACUGAACAAGAUUCUCCUGCCUCCAACAGCAACAGUCUGCCGGCAUCGCCAACGUUCACAGGCUAUGGGACUCCCAACGGUCGUUACUCUACACUUGAAGUCCGUUCGCGAUCAUCCUCUGCGUCUAGUGUACACUCUUUAGGUGGCCUCUCGGCAACUGACAAUCAAUUGGAGCAAAAUUCGCAACAAUCGAAAUCCGCUCAGUAUGACAAAGCCGAUGCUUCGACACCAACUGAUAGCCCGACUAGUGCCGUUGCGGCUUCUUUAAUUCGUAGAGAUCAUAUUGCCGGACAUACACAUGAUCGGAGUAGAUCCGCGUCAAUAGAUGGAGAAAUUGAACACUCCGCUUGGUCUCUCGAAAAAGUAUUGCGAUGGCUUGAUGACAAUUCAUUCGGUAGCUUUAGGUCAAUAUUUGAAGAACAAAAUAUAUGUGGGGAACAAUUUUUUGCUCUUUGUGAUUUGAGGAAAACUAGAGAUAUAUUAAAAGGUCAUAACGAAGGUGAUCGAUAUAGAUUGAUAACUGCCAUCAGGAAAAUUGGCGAUGCCAGGCCAAAACGGCACUCACUUUCUGAAAGGAACGUUCAAACCACGAGCGGAGCUUCUCCUGUUGACAACGAGAAAAGUCCAAUACCUUUAUCAGCCUCUACCACUUCCUUAGUGGUUGGACAGAAUUCUCCCACGACACAACAGAAUCAUUCGAUUUUAUCACUAACACAUCCAAUUGCAUCCAUAUACCCAAUAUCAACACAAAGUAGAACUCUAAAGUCGUCUAGCAGUUUCCCUGAAUUGCGUAAUUCCGGUCCUGUAAUCAAACCGAGAACGUCUUCAAUUGGCUGGGAUAAGAAUCUUUCUUCGAACUUGGCUGCUUCGCAAACAAUUGAUCACGAUGCUCAACCUAAUGCGCCUCAAAACACAGACAACGGGCUUGUCAAUGGUAAUCAACAACAACCACGAUCCAAGCAUUCGAGUCCGAGAUCUCCCGUUAAUAAAAAAUCGAUUGGUAAAGAUAUUAGUAGUAAUCACACUAGGGCCCGAAGCGACUCUUCAGAAAGCUUACCGUUUUGUGAAGGCAAGUUCAUACAAAAAAAUAUCAUCUUGCAAGUAACCGAUAAUAUGACAACCUUUUAUGUGGUCGAU